AUGGAUCCUCAUUUCUCGGGUUUAUCACAUCCACCACCACAACAACAAACAACGAUUGAAAAUCCUGAUUCUGCCAAUAUCCCAAUGACGACAGUGACCACGACGACGACAACGACGUCGGCAGACUCUCAUUAUAACAAUAAUGCCAAUAAUAACAAUAAUGGCAGUACCAAUGAGGAGGAUAUUCGUUCAAAAUUCCGUUGUUAUCGUUUUGGACACAUUGCAGCUGGUGUUGAACUGUUAUUUGUAUUCCCUGAUGAAAAUGCAGCUAUGACGUGUUUGAAAAUGUGUCAGCUAUCCGGUGGACGUAGUUAUGAUGUAUCGAAACGAUCAGAACGCUAUGAUCAUCAUCAUCAUCAUAAUGCUUCCUAUCCUAAGAAAUCUGUUAAUCCUUAUGAGCUAGUAUUCCUAAAGUUCCCUGCCUUCAAAGCAUUCUCAGAGAUUCCAGUGAAAUCGAAUUAUCAUUCGUUCAAUUUUUCAAUGAAACCAACAACAACAACAACACUGAACAGACAUCCUGUCCCACUGGCAGGCAAUGAGGAUGAUGUUGAUGUUGACGAUAAUGAAAACAAUAUCAGUAAUAUGAAUAAUAAUAAUAAUAAUAACAAUAAUAAUAAACAGAAAAAUAACAAUCAUGACUUUGGGGAUGAUGAUGAUGAUGACGAUGACGAUUCUGCUCAUAAUCGAAAUGUUUUUCUCCAACCAGUUGUUGUUGUCUCCUCAUCAUUAAUGAGUAGUCCAUUUGUUACAGCUGUUGGACCAUAUUGUCUCCCGAAGGAUAAACGUCAUCGUCGAUAUAUUCUUAAUCAUUUACCUGCUGAUCAAGAAUUAAUUACUGGUCGGAAUACAGAAUCAAUUUUUGCUAAAAAUAAUUCUGUUAAAUUUAAUACUAAAUAUGAAGAUGAGAAAAGGAAGUUUUGGACACGUGGACGAGAUAAAUCAGCUUACUAUGAUGGUACACGUUCGGACACUUCUGAGGCAACAACAACGACAACAACAGAUCCUUCCAUUUAUAGUCAUAGUGUUUCAUCUCAAAUCUCUGAAUUAUCUCUGAAUAGUAAUAACAAUAGUAAUAAUACAGGAGACGAGAAAUCGCAUUCAUCCAACAAUCUGAUUCGUUCAAAUAAAAUUCUACGUGGAUUUAAACAAUGGUUAAAUCGUCCUGUUGGCGGGGGAUUGAAUAGUACUGUCAACUCGAAUAAUGUAUCAGCAAAUCAUACUACUACUACUAACCAUACUACUACUAAUACUAAUAACAGUAUAAAUAGUGCGAUACAUUCCAGUUGUAAUACUAUUGCUAGUGGUAUCGUCCACACGUUUAAUAAUAGUAAUCACAAUGUCAAUGGUACUACAAACUAUAAUCCUUCAGAGAUAUCUUCAACAGAUCCCUUACAGUUUUCAGAUUCUCCAAAUAAUGAGUAUAAAUUAACUUCCUUAACAGCAGGUGUAGAUCCUUCAAAUCUGACUGAUAUGGAUAAUCCUGGUCCAAUAUUUGGCGCGCCAUUAGAAUCCCAGUUAGAAAGUCCAGAUUACCCUUGUGUCCCUCUCUUAUUACAAGCUAUUGUUAUAGCACUAGAGAUUCAUGGCUUGAAUUUACCCGGUUUGUAUAGAAAACCAGGUCGUCAUCGGACAAUUUCACAAUUUAUCUCCUCUAUUAAUCUGCAUCCCGACGAUGUGAAUUUUAUUUUUGGAUUGGAUGCAUGGAGAGAACCGAAUGCAUUGUGUGGAUUAUUUAAACACUUUCUACGACAACUACCUAUGGGAUUAUUUUGUUUAUCCUCUUGGGAACCGCUUGCUUGUCUAAUCUCAGAAGCAUCAAAAUCUUUAGAUGUACAACAGUUAGCCUAUUUGCUAAUUUCGAUGCGUGUUCAAUUGAAAAAGAUUGCAUUAGAGGCUUUCGGCAUUCCAAGUAUGAACACAAUGCCGUUAGAUGUAUCCUAUUAUCCCACUACUACUAACACUAAUGCUCAAACAGAUGAUACUGUCGACUGCUAUCCACUGCACUUUAAUUUAUUCGGAUUGAAUUCAACCAAUGAUGCCUAUAAGCCGUCAAUCUCACCGCCAAUAUCUCCUCACACUGCUGCUGCUGCUACCUCUGCCGCUACUGCUAAUAUGCAGUCGAAGGAUGAUUCCACGUUUACGUUUAAUAAUCAUGUGAAAAUGAAUAAAUUCAAAGAUUUUAAUGUAUCAAAAAGACCAUUCAAUGCAUGGCGUUGGGCUACACUCUGCUAUAUAAUGAAUCAUAUCAAUCGGAUUGUAGCUCAUGUUCAGCAUAAUGCCGUCACUUAUCAAUGCAUUGCUAUCUGUUUUGGUCCCGUAUUCUUUGGAAAUUCUACAAAAUUACCAAAAUUAAAUGAGGUUCUUGAACAUUUAUUUCAACAUUGGAAUUGGCUUACAGAUGGUUUACCAAUGAUAACAAAGACAACUGUAGAACAUAUUGAUUGUGGUGGUGGCGGCAGUACUCUGUCAUAUGUCAUGAAUAAUGAUCCAACACUAUCAGAUGCUGUCACCUAUUUAACUAAUGAUAAUAAUAAAUGCGAUCCAUACAAAAAGUCUUUCAGUGGUGAAGGUGUUCAUCAUCUUCGAGGACAACAACAACAACAGGAUACAAGGAAUCCAAAUGACUGUUAUCAUCAGUCAAGAAGUCGUGAAUCAUCUACUCAUCUACAAGCGCCUUCAUCAAAUCAAAAUCAUGAACAAAUUAGUUCUGAGCUUUACUCAAACACUGAAAAAGUUGUUGACGGUGAUGGUGACGAUGAAGAUGAAUUGAAUAGAGAAGUUAUUAAACAAGUGAAAAGUUUAUGGUUAACAGCUUUAGAUAAAGUCAGUCAAGCGAAUAAAUCUUCGGCGCCUAAAGAAAAAGCUUAUAAAUAUUCAGAAGUCAAUAAAUCAAACGGAUUACAUCGUACAGCAUCUGCCAUACCUAAAACACCAAUUGGAAACACCGGCGGACGUAAAGGAGGAGGUGUUCGACGUUUAACUGUAGGAACUGCUUCUCCCCAUCCAUCAACCUUUGAUUAUUAUUGCAUUUCACCACCAAAUUUUUUAUAUACAAAAAAUAAUGGUGAUAGAAAGGCGUCAACACCUCAGACUAUUGCUUCUUCUUCUUCUACCAAUACCACCACUGCUACUACUACGACCGCUGUCAAAGCUGGCGGUGGUGGUGGUGGUGUGAUUAUUCGACGUCCUGUUGUGCCUCCUGUCUCUGCAACUCAAUCGACAGUCCCCUCCACCACUACUACUACGAAUAUUUUCUAG